UCUCUCCAAAGUCGCAUUAGAAAGUUCUCCGUGACUAUUCUCAUUUUGACGAGGGUUUUGGACUCAACAGAAAAUAUAAGGAGGGAAAAAAUGUAACCACCACCAACGGUUUCGACCCCAGAAAAUGUUCACCCUGCUUCGCAAAACCCCAUCACUGAAAAACCCAGAACCCAGUUUCUCAAUUCCACUACAUCACAACCUAACCACUUCACCACGACCGCCUCAAGACGCCGCCUUUGCCACCCUUAUCCUCAAAUCCGACCCGCAAUCUCUCCCCCGGAUCCUCCACGACCCGAACAUCCACUGGACCCCCGACUCCGUCAACAAAACCCUCAAACGCCUCUGGAACCAUGGCCCCAAAGCCCUCGUCUUCUUCAAAACCCUCGACCGCCACCCCACCUACACCCACUCCUCCUCCUCCUACGACCACGCCGUCGACAUCGCCGGCCGUUUACGCGACUACAAGUCCCUCUGGGCCUUCGUCGCCCGAAUGCGCGCCCGCCGGGUCGGCCCGGGUCCGAGAACCUUCGCCAUCAUCGCCGAGAGGUACGUCGCCGCCGGCAAACCCGAUAGAGCUGUCAAAGUUUUUCUCUCUAUGCAUGAACAUGGGUGCCCUCAGGAUUUGAAUUCUUUCAAUACUGUUCUUGAUGUGCUCUGUAAAGCUAAGCGAGUUGAAAAGGCUUACAAUUUGUUUAAGGUGUUUAGGGGAAGAUUUAGAGCUGAUUGUGUUAGUUACAAUGUGAUUGUUAAUGGGUGGUGUUUGAUUAAGAGGACUCCUAAGGCUUUAGAGGUUUUGAGGGAGAUGGUGGAGAGGGGAAUCGAGCCGAGUUUGGUUACUUAUAAUGUGAUGCUUAAAGGGUAUCUUAGAGCUGGGCAGGUUAAGGAGGCGUGGGAGUUUUUUUUGGAAAUGAAGAAGAGGAAGUGUGAGAUUGAUGUUGUUACUUAUACCACUCUGGUUCAUGGGUUUGGUGUUGUUGGGGAGGUUAAGAAGGCAAGGAAGAUUUUCGAUGGGAUGGUUGAGGAGGGGGUGCUGCCUUCGGUUGCGACUUACAAUGCGUUGAUUCAGGUUUUGUGUAAGAAGGAUAGCGUGGAGAAUGCGGUGGUGGUUUUUGAGGAGAUGGUGAGUAAGGGUUAUGUGCCUAAUGUGACGACGUAUAAUGUGUUGAUUAGAGGGCUUUGUCAUGCUGGUGAUAUGGAGAGGGGGAUGGAGUUGAUGGGGAGGAUGAAGGGUGAUGAGUGUGAGCCAAAUGUUCAGACGUAUAAUGUUGUGAUUCGGUACUUUUGUGAUGAUGGGGAGAUUGAUAAGGCGUUGGAUGUGUUUGAGAAGAUGGGUAGGGGAGAGUGCUUGCCUAAUUUGGAUACAUACAAUGUGUUGAUUAGUGCCAUGUUUGUGAGGAAGAAACCUGAAGAUUUGUUAGUGGCAGGGAAGUUGCUGAUUGAGAUGGUUGAUAGAGGAUUUUUGCCCCGCAAGUACACUUUUAAUCGGGUUCUGGAUGGGCUUUUGUUAACUGGUAAUCAGGGUUUUGCAAAAGAGAUUCUGAGAUUGCAGAGCAAAUGUGGCCGUCUUCCUCGUCAGGUGAAAUUAUAAACUAUGUCAGAAUUCAUAAAGACUUGAACUACGAAGAUUUGAUAUUGUCAUUGGAUAAACCCCAUUACUGCUCCAAGGGGAUUUCCCUUUCCUAUUGAAGCUUCACGCUCGAUCUUAUCUGCAACAUUCUCUUCUCUGCUGUCUCUUUAGAGUUUUUAGAAUGAGCUGGCUAUAUUUGUAAACUAGUAUUGAACAAGACAGUUAUGUGCCACCCAACUAUGAUGAUCACCUUUCAGCGUUUUGGGAUGUACCAUGUGUGGAGUCACUUAAUAUGGGGAACAGGUCAUGAUUGUCAUUGGCCUAGUAAAACAAAAAAGAAAAAGAAGAAGACAUGAUUGUCUGCAGUGUUCGUGAUUUCAAUGUUCAACAUGAGCUUGUUCCAUCCUGUUAACUGUCAGAACAAGGUAUUGAUUGUGAUGAGGCUCAGGAUGUUUGAACCUUUUUCACAGAGUGGUGUUAUCAUAUGUGAUGCUUCUGGAGUUUCUUUUGUGCUGGACUCGUCCACCAUUGCAUCCUGAAUUCAGCAAUUGAGGCUGUAGCUUGUGUUGUUGUAGCUGGUCUCAAACUGGAAUGUGUCAACAACUUACAGGGCAGUGUUGAGGGAGGUAAAUUUGGGGGAGUUAUCUACUCAUCGUUCAGAUGCACUUUUACCAGGUCGGUUGGAGUUGUAUUGGUCGUGAUUUGUGAAGCUGAAAGUGUCACUCAUUGAACUAACAAGCUAGCGAGACUGUGAUUAUCUUACUUCAGUUUAAAAGAUCAUACUGUCAGUACCACAUUUCUGAAGUAAAGCAGAUCAUUCAAACGUCAGUGCAUAUCAACUGUUUACAAAUUUCAAGUGGUAUACACUAGUUAGAUUGAAGCUUGGAAAUAAUGUAAGAAGAUCAGUUUCAUCAUUUCUUCCUUAGUUUCUCUACUGCUAAUAUAUUCUGGCGUUUUUAUAG